AUGCUAGCAAAGAAUCGAUACCGAGACUGGGGAACUCUUAAAUACUCUCUAAGAUCUGUUGAAAAGUUUGCACCUUGGAUCAAGACCGUACAUUUAGUCACGAGUGGACAAAUUCCAUACUGGCUUAAUAUGGACAAUCGGCGAAUCAACAUUAUUACUCAUAAGGAAAUAUUUCCGAAUCGGUCAGAUCUGCCUACUUUUUCGACUGCUGCAAUAGAGUGCCAUCUACAUCGGAUACUCGGAUUAUCAAAAAGAUUUAUAUACAUGACAGAUGACGUCAUAUUUACGAACACAGUUGAAUUGUCAUAUUUUUAUACUGAAAGUGCAGGUUAUAAGCUUCAAUUUAACAAAGAUGCGAUGGAUUAUUGUAACAAACUCUGUCGGAUGACAAGUGUAAAUAAUGGAAUAUGUGAGAAGAAUUGCGCCACUGCUUGUUGUGAAUUUGACGGUGAAGAUUGCAUAAACGUUAAACCACUUCCUGAUUAUAUUGAACCAGAUAAAAUCCCAAUUGAUAGUUGGCAGGCUUCUUUAAGACAUACAGGUUUUAUUUUCAACAAGGUGUUUCGACCAAAAGACAUGGUUAUGCCGAUACCUGGUCCUUAUAUGCUGGACAGAGACAUCGUCUCCGGGAUGAUGAAUAGGUGGUCUGUUCUAGAAGUUAGCCACACUGAUUUGCCCAUUCGUCAGAAGUACCAUGUCGUUAAUUUACUUAGUAACAUUAUCCAAAGAAGUGGGACAUUUUUGGUGUUGUCGAAUUAUUUUCCUGAGAAUGUAGACAGAGAAUCAAGAGAACGUAUUUUCACACAGGUAUUUGAAGACAUGUUGCCAACAUCGGCACAGUUUGAAGUGAUGAAAAAUAAAGCAAUUAAGGAUCAUUCUAUAAUAUAUUAA